UCAAUAAAAAGAGUUGUCACCGAGCAUCAUAUUAACACCAACCAAUGCUUUCUGAGUAGUUUUUUCUUCACUGGAAUAGCCUUGUCUUCUACUACACUCCCACAUGCUUUGAGAUUCUAGUUCACUGUGCUUUUCCAACCCUGCAAUUUUCUCAAAUCUUGGUAAGGAAAUGACAGAAGAUCAUGUUAAUAAGAAGAGAACCUGAACAAUUCAGGGCCAUAUCUGUUAUGUUGCAAUGAGGAUCAAUUAACAGCUAUCUCUAGGCCACUAUUGUCCAUUGUUCUGCUUCAAGGUACAAUCUGAAAGAGAUCACUUGAACUACUACAGCAGUUAUAAAUUAUAAUGCAGGCAUCAGAGCAACAUAGAAGUUCAAGCAUGUACUAUCAACCAUUACAACAAAUUGAAGCCUACUGCUUGCCGCAGUAUGGGAACCUUAAUCAACAGCUAUAUUACCAUGGUGGAAGCCAUGGAACUCACUUUUCAACUCCAAGUUCUUCUGAACUUUACUGUACAUUGGAAUCAUCCUCUGUAGCUGGCAGUUUCACCCUUUACAACUCUCCUUCAACUGUUAGUUUCUCACCUAAUGGUAGCCCCAUAUCACAGCAUGACUCUCAGUCAUAUCCACCUGACCAGUAUCAUUCUCCUGAGAAUGCCUAUGGCUCUCCAUUGAGUGGCUCCUGCAUAACCGAUGAUUUAAGCAGCUUCAAGCACAAACUGAGAGAGUUGGAAAGUGUAAUGCUUGGCCCUGACUCUGAUAAUCUUGAUAGUUAUGACAGUGCCAUAAGCAAUGGAAACAACUUUGCUUCACUUGAGAUGGACAGCUGGAGACAAACAAUGGUGGCAAUUUCUAGCAAAAACCUGAAGCACAUCCUUGUUGCAUGUGCCAAAGCCAUUGCAGACAAUGAUUUGCUUAUGGCACAGUGGCUGAUGGAUGAACUAAGGCAGAUGGUGUCAGUUUCUGGCGAUCCAAUUCAACGGUUGGGAGCAUACAUGCUGGAAGGACUUGUUGCACGAUUGGCUGCUUCUGGGAGUUCGAUAUACAAUGCUUUAAGAUGCAAAGAACCAGAGAGUGCUGAGCUUCUCUCCUACAUGCACAUACUGUAUGAGGUUUGCCCCUACUUCAAAUUCGGGUACAUGUCUGCAAAUGGAGCCAUUGCAGAAGCUAUGAAAGAUGAAGAAAGGGUGCACAUAAUCGAUUUCCAAAUCGGUCAAGGAAGCCAGUGGAUAACUUUAAUUCAGGCUUUUGCAGCUAGACCUGGAGGGCCACCCCACAUUCGGAUUACAGGUAUUGAUGACUCACAAUCAGCUUAUGCCCGCGGUGGUGGACUGCACAUAGUGGGAAGGAGGUUAUCAAAGCUUGCUGAGCAUUUUAAGGUGCCGUUUGAAUUUCAUGCUGCAGCUAUCUCUGGCUGUGAUGUUCAACUACACAACCUUGGAGUUCGACCGGGGGAAGCUCUGGCUGUGAAUUUUGCAUUCAUGCUACAUCACAUGCCAGAUGAAAGUGUGAGUACACAGAAUCACAGGGAUAGGUUGUUGAGGUUGGUUAGGAGCCUAUCGCCGAAGGUGGUGACACUUGUUGAGCAGGAAUCUAACACAAACACUGCUGCAUUCUUUCCUCGUUUCCUUGAAACUCUGGACUAUUACACAGCAAUGUUUGAGUCAAUAGAUGUUACUCUUCCUAGAAUUCAUAAAGAGAGAAUCAAUGUUGAGCAGCAUUGUUUGGCAAGAGAUUUGGUUAACAUCAUAGCUUGUGAAGGGGUUGAGAGGGUGGAACGGCAUGAGGUGCUUGGGAAGUGGAGGUCAAGAUUUGCAAUGGCCGGUUUCACUCCUUACCCUUUGAGUUCACUGGUGAAUGGUACCAUCAAGAAAUUGCUUGAGAACUACAGUAAUAGAUAUAGACUUGAAGAGAGAGAUGGAGCUCUGUAUCUGGGUUGGAUGAAUAGAGAUUUGGUUGCUUCUUGCGCAUGGAAAUGAGACAUGGGUAAUAUGUGACUCCUGCAAGUUUGACAGGGUGCAAAGAAGAACCUAUGCCUCUUCAUUUUCUGUUCCAUUACUGUAAAAGUUAAUGAGAAAGUUGUCGACAUUAAAUCCAAUCUAAUAGUCUAUUUUCUUUGUUUCAA